ACGUAUGGUUCCUUCCUUAGCGCACAGACGAGCUUAAGCUAAAGAGUUAGCAAUGUCAGGUGCCGAGGAAACUUCAAAUGAGCCACUAAACGUCAAAGAAGACAAAGAGUUUGAUGUAGAGGCUGAGGACCACAUUGGGGAUGAUUAUUUUGUUGACCCGACUCGAUAUUUGUUUUACAGAGACAGAAAGGAGUGGGCUGACCUGGAACCUGUUCCUCAGGAUGAUGGACCAAAUCCUGUUGUAAAGAUCGCCUACUCUGAAAAGUUCUCAGACGUUUAUGACUACUUCCGUGCACUGCUGAAGAACGAUGAAAGAAGCGAGCGCGCUUUCGCCUUGACAGCAGAGGCCAUUGAGCUGAAUGCUGCCAAUUAUACAGUUUGGCACUACAGGCGAGUACUCCUGCAAGCCCUGUCAAAGGACCUGAGAGAGGAGAUGAGGUACAUUACUGCCAUCAUCGAGGAGCAACCCAAAAACUAUCAAGUCUGGCAUCACAGACGUAUGGUGGUAGAGUGGUUGAAUGACCCCUCAGAAGAGUUGGAGUUCAUUGCUGACAUUCUCAGCCAAGAUGCAAAGAACUACCACGCCUGGCAGCACAGACAGUGGGUCAUCCAGGAAUACAAACUGUGGGACAACGAGCUGGAGUUUGUGGAGAAUCUCUUGGAGGAUGAUGUGAGGAACAACUCUGCAUGGAACCAGCGGCAUUUUGUAAUAUCUCACACUACAGGCUUCUCUGAUCCAGCCAUCGUGGAGAGAGAGAUCCAAUAUUGUCUGAACCAGAUCAAAAAGGCUCCGCACAAUGAGAGCGCAUGGAAUUAUUUGAAAGGGAUGCUGCAGGACAGAGGUCUGUCGUCUCCGCCUGGCCUGCUGGAGAGGGUCCUGGAACUGAAGGACACACAUUGUUCACCAUAUCUCCUAGCAUUUCUGUUCGAUUGCUAUGAGGAUGCUUUGGAGAACAGCAACCAAAAAGAAAAUGUGGGGGAAGAGGAACGAAAAGAAACUUUAAGGAAGGCUCUAGAAAUUUGUGAACUUCUGGCACAAGAGAAGGACACCAUCCGUAAGGAGUACUGGCUGUAUUUGGGACGUUCUUUAAAGAGCAAAUCUGGAAUCAGUAGCCCCUCCGAGGAGUCCCCUGAACCAUCAGUCCCAGCAUCUGGGCAGCAGGAGAUGAGCUAGACUACCAGGAGACACGCACCAUUUCCACUCCAGUCUUACUUCACUGACACCGAGUGGAACCAACCCAUGGAAUUUGAUAUUGCUAGAAAUUGUUCUAAUGUAUAUGGUUGCAUAAGAUUCAUAAAUAACAACCACUAACAAAAGAUCACCUGAGGAAAGGGAUUAAAAUCAAACAGCAAAAAUUGAAGGAAAUCCUCCUUGUACUAAAGUGUAAUAACAUGCAACGCUUUGGUUCAAAACAUAUCUAAUUAUGUGACAAAAAAAAUGAAAACAACUAAGGAACUACACAGUAAGGCUGUAUCAGACAUCUGGAAUUGGAAAUCAUUAUGCUAGUUUAUCAUCUUUUAGAUUUAUUUGGGCGGCUGUUGUCUGUCUUUGUUUGAAUCUUAAGGCAUCAAUAUUUCUGUCUUUUGAACCUAUAAAUCUGUGUGUGAUGGCAGUCUUCAUACCAUGAAUAUACAUCUGUGAGUGGACUUACAUGCACACAUAAUUUCAUUAAAUGUCUGAACGAUGGCAGGUGAGCAUCUUACGUUAAUACUAGCGGGAUUCGGGCAUUCUGACUUAAUUUGUGUUACUUUUAAAUGUAACUUACAAGUAAGUGUCAUGGUAAAGUUGAAAGUAGUUUUGAGGGGACACUAAUGGGUGACACAACUCCAAAAAAGACUUUAAAUGAAUUAUUAUGUGCAUAUAAACCCACUCUUCAUAUAAGUCAUGUCACGUUUCUUUAUUGUUCCGCGCUGUUAGUCAGAGAAUACAUGUGAUUGUGUUGUAAUGGAGGGAAGAAGCCCAUGAAAUAAACCAGUUUGUAGUACUGAGAGUGAUA